AUGGGAAUGUCCUUUGCCUUGGUGGAUCUUGAGUCAGCUAACAGGGUCCAAGCCGUCAUUGAUAGUGCGGCGACAACUCCAUUGAUGAUGGGAACCAGGAAGCUUCGCGUGAAGGAGUUGCAGAGCAACUUUAUAUUGGAACGUGGAACUGUGGAAGGAACUGUUCACGAAGCUGCUCAACAGAGAGACGUGUGA